GUAUUAUUUCAGAUCCGUGUCCGUCAUACAUCUUUUAGUUUCCACCGACCGUUUCGUACACAAACAUGGCGGCUCCCGUGCGACUGAUCUCUUGUUUGAGAGUAUGUCGGGUCCAAGGAAUGCUCAGCAAUGGAGGACAUAAUCAUUAUCCUAACCUGUCUACGUAUACACAGUCUGGAUUUGUACGCCAACUUUCAUCAAAACCAAAAUUUCAAAGUUUAAGUCAAUAUGUGCAAAAUGGCCAGGUUUCACCCUAUAAACAUUUCACAUUUUCCAAGCUGGGAUGUAUCAGAACUUUUACUAGUAGAUGUAGUCAAAACACCUCCGAUGUCCACCUUGGGCAGAGAGGUCUACUAGGGAAGCGGUUACUACAACAGAAUACACACAGAAGUCAACCUUCCAGACGAACUUUUCAACAUGUUAAUAAAGAUAGAAAAACAAAAGGAAGUUUUAGAAAAAAAAUGUCAGAACAGGGAGGAGGAGGAGUCGGAGGAGGGAACACUUUAGUAAAGUCAUUUGCUUUCACAGCUGGUGUAUGCUUAUGUAGUUUUACUGGUUGCAUGAUUUGGUGCUAUGAGGAUACCAGGAGCCAAGCACAGAGGUUUGAACGUCACCUUCGUACUUAUAGUACUGACCGAUCACAGAAGAUUGGGUUUAGACGUGAUAUGGAACAUAUAUGGAGCCAAAUCCCGCCUGGUGUCAAAGCAGUAGCUGGCAUCAUUGCUGCUAACCUUGCUGUAUAUGCAAUGUGGAGGGCACCAGCUCUCUUAUCAACUAUGAAAAGAUACUUCGUCUUAUCCACUGAUAACCCUCGUAUUUCCAUGCUGCUGUCUUCCUUCAGCCAUUUCAAUUUCGUUCAUAUCUUCAUGAACAUGUAUGUGUUCUGGUCAUUCAAGGAUAUCGCCUCCAAACUUGGACGUGAGCAGUUUAUGGCUGUGUAUCUUAGUGCUGCGGUAGUAUCCUCUCUGUUGAGUCAGGUACACAUAGUGGCCAGAGCUCUACCCAUCAAUUCCCUUGGUGCUUCCGGAGCUCUGAUGGCCAUUUUAGGAAUGUACUGGCAUUUCCUCCCUGAUGGUAGACUUUGUGUUCCCUUUGUGAGCAGUGUGUUUCCCCACAGCUUCUCUUUGGAUACGGGUGUGAAGUUUCUCCUUACCAUGGAUACACUAGGGCUAAUCCUUGGAUGGCAGAAACUGGACCAUGCAGGUCACAUUGGUGGUUUGCUGUUUGGAUAUUGGUAUGCCAAGUAUGGACGUGAAUUGAUCUGGAAUCGGAGAUACCUGGUUAUAAACAAGUGGAGAAGAUUUAGAGAGUAGGGCAUUAUAGGGAAAUUAAAACUGUGAUCAUAACCCAAUUACAGAGGGGCUAGAAAUUCCUUAUCAUUGUAAACAUUAAAACUGUGAUCAUCAACUCGGCUACAGAAGGGCAAGAAAUUCCUUUUCAAUGCACACAUCAAAUCUAUGAUCAUCGAUUCAGUUACUUGAGUGUGUGGGGUUUCUCAUCAACAUUUUUAUCUGACAGUUUGAGUUGAUGGGUGGGUAAAUAGUUCAGGGUUAUUGAAAUGUGAUAAAAAAAAAUUUCCUGAUGUGUUUUUUUUUAAUUUUUUUUUUUUUUUUGUGGUUUCUUAACAUCAGAACAUCAAUAAAUUUUGUAAAGGGAAUGGCACUCUGGGUUUGAUGUCUCUGAAAGUUUAUCGAGCAUUAUAACAACAAUGCCUUCUUACCUUUUUCUCUGGUUAAUCCAGCUAUUGAUAUCAUAAACCAAUGUUGAUGAGGGAGUUGAUCCCUUCAUUUCUAACAAGGUCAUACAAAAUGUUUUGGUCUCGGAGCACAAUGUGCAAACACCUAGAUUUUAUUUAAUGGAAAAAAAUAUGUAUAGGGUAAUAAUGAAAAUGUGUAUUUAUCCAAAAACUGCACACCAGAAUUUCUAAACAAUAUUUGAUGUGUAUUCCCUGCUUUGAUUUCUAGCAUAUACAUAUGUACAGGGCAAUUUUUUAUACCAUGUUAAGCUUGGACCAUUUGUUCAAAGAUUGAUUAGGCUCAUCUUAGUUUAACAACAAUUUCAAAAUCCUGAUAAAAUCAUUUCUGGUAAAAAAAAAAUUGGCAAUAUGUUACAAAACUCAAGAGAACUCUUAAGUCUCUUUCUUCCUGCCUAUUUUAAGGAAUACACACUUAAGUUUUGAAGUGAGGGAGAAAUGUGACUAAGUGACUAAGUUAAUCAUCUUUUGAUCAACUGGUCCCUGGACUGGGGUAGUCUCAUUUCCUGUUGUCUAAUGUACUGGACAAUGUUUGAGGUAAAAAUCACCUGAUUAUUUUACAAUUACAAUCAUCACACCUGUUGGCAGUCCUGUGAGUGUGACAGGUGUGUUACUGUAGGCAUGGCGGGUGUUACUUUAGGUAUGGCGGGUGUUACUGUAGGCAUGGCGGAUGUUACUGUAGGCAUGGCGGGUGUUACUGUAGGCAUGGCGGGUGUUACUGUAGGCAUGGCGGGUGUUACUGUAGGCAUGGCGGAUGUUACUGUAGGUAUGGUGGGUGUUACUGUAGGUAUGGUGGGUGUUACUGUAGGCAUGGCGGGUGUUACUGUAGGCAUGGUGGGUGUUACUGUAGGCAUGGCGGGUGUUACUGUAGGCAUGGCGGAUGUUACUGUAGACACGGCGGGUGUUACUUUAGGUAUGGCGGGUGUUACUGUAGGUAUGGUGGGUGUUACUGUAGGUAUGGUGGGUGUUACUGUAGACACGGCGGGUGUUACUGUAGGUAUGGUGGGUGUUACUGUAGGUACGGCGGGUGUUACUGUAGACACGGCGGGUGUUACUGUAGGUAUGGUGGGUGUUACUGUAGACACGGCGGGUGUUACUGUAGACACGGCGGGUGUUACUGUAGACACGGCGGGUGUUACUGUAGGUAUGGUGGGUGUUACUGUAGGUAUGGUGGGUGUUACUGUAGACACGGCGGGUGUUACUGUAGGUAUGGUGGGUGUUACUGUAGACACGGCGGGUGUUACUGUAGGUAUGGUGGGUGUUACUGUAGGUACGGUGGGUGUUACUGUAGACACGGCGGGUGUUACUGUAGGUAUGGUGGGUGUUACUGUAGGUAUGGUGGGUGUUACUGUAGACACGGCGGGUGUUACUGUAGGUAUGGUGGGUGUUACUGUAGGUAUGGUGGGUGUUACUGUAGGCAUGGCGGGUGUUACUGUAGACAUGGCGGGUGUUACUGUAGGUACGGCGGGUGUUACUGUAGGUAUGGUGGGUGUUACUGUAGGUAUGGUGGGUGUUACUGUAGGUAUGGUGGGUGUUACUGUAGGCAUGGCGGGUGUUACUGUAGGCAUGGCGGGUGUUACUGUAGGCAUGGCGGGUGUUACUGUAGGCAUGGCGAGUGUUACUGUAGGUAUGGUGGGUGUUACUGUAGGCAUGGCGGGUGUUACUGUAGGCAUGGCGGGUAUUACUGUAGGUAUGGUGAGUGUUACUGUAGGUAUGGUGGGUGUUACUGUAGGCAUGGUGGGUGUUACUGUAGGUAUGGUGGGUGUUACUGUAGGUAUGGUGGGUGUUACUGUAGGCAUGGCGGGUGUUACUGUAGGCAUGGCGGGUGUUACUGUAGACACGGCGAGUGUUACUGUAGGUAUGGUGGGUGUUACUGUAGGUAUGGCGGGUGUUACUGUAGGUAUGGUGGGUGUUACUGUAGGUAUGGUGGGUGUUACUGUAGGCAUGGCGGGUGUUACUGUAGGUAUGGCGGGUGUUACUGUAGGUAUGGUGGGUGUUACUGUAGGUAUGGCGGGUGUUACUGUAGGCAUGGCGGGUGUUACUGUAGGUAUGGUGGGUGUUACUGUAGACACGGCGGGUGUUACUGUAGGUAUGGUGGGUGUUACUGUAGGUAUGGUGGGUGUUACUGUAGCCAUGGCGAGUGUUACUGUAGGUAUGGUGGGUGUUACUGUAGACAUGGCGGGUGUUACUGUAGGUAUGGCGAGUGUUACUGUAGGUAUGGUGGGUGUUACUGUAGGUAUGGCGGGUGUUACUGUAGGUAUGGUGGGUGUUACUGUAGACAUGGCGGGUGUUACUGUGGGAGGAAACUAGAGUGCCUGUAGAAACCACCUUAAGUGAAAGGUGAGAUAUUGAGCCACCAAACCACACACUAUUAAAGGCCUUCUGAUUUAUAUGUUAUCCUUCCAACCAGAGGUAUUGAAUUAAUUAGAAUGUUAUCCUUCAUGACACUGAAGAAUCACCGGAAAAUGAUUUGUGAAUAUGAAAGUGAAAUGCUGUAUAAUCAGAACACUAGAAAUGUUAUAAAAAUUGUUUUAUAUCUAGAUAUGUAUCACAUGAUAAUGAAUUGAUUGAGUGCUGACUAUCUGAAACAAAAUGAAUUGGUGAUGUGUUGGGCAGGAAUAUUUGACACUGGUUUAUAGUGUUGGAGAAUGAUGGAUGUGCAGUUAUGUUUGAUCGUUUGGUGGUCUAUAAUUAGUGAGACUGUGACAAUAAGGAUAUUGUCGUGAUAGAUGAUUUAAAUCAGUUAUAUUUUCAUAUUUUCAGUGAGAUAAAUACCAAUGUCUGUCUGUUAUAUAUAUGAAUUGUUUCACAUUUGCCAAGCAUAUGACGUCAUUUUCCAGUGUUUCAUGUUUGUCCAGAAUAUGACGUCAUUUUCCAGUGUGUUUCAUGUUUGCCCAGAAUAUGAUGUCAUUUUCCAGUGUGUUUCAUGUUUGCCCGGAAUAUGACGUCAUUUUCCAGUGUAUUUCAUGUUUGCCCGGAAUAUGACAUCAUUUUCCAGUGUGUUUCAUGUUUGCCCGGAAUAUGACGUCAUUUUCCAGUGUGUUUCAUGUUUGCCCAGAAUAUGAUGUCAUUUUCCAGUGUGGGAUGCCCAGGUUCUUCGUUUUCACCAAAUUCCUGUUUUUUGGUGAUAUACUGUUAUGUUCCAUACCGUUGCUAUUUUCGACCAGAUAAAAUACACAAAAUGGGAAUUUCAUUGAUGUCUGAUUCCCUUUGAUAAAGAGUUUGUAAGAUGUACUGACUCUCACUAAUGGUGCUGUUAAGGAUAAAUAAAUAACCUGAUCGUUUUAACACUUUUUUUUAGUUUUUAGUUUUCUUUUUACAUUUUAUCUCUUCUGAGAAUAUAUAUAAUUAUUUUUUUGUACAAUUCAAAUGGAGGAUAACCCUACUCUGAUUCUAGAAGUAUUUUGUGAUUAACAAAUUCUAACUGAGUUUUUAUUCUUGUCUGGUCAUACACUUAAAUACUUGUACAUGUAAUUAAAAAAAAAACAGAAUAAAAUAUGUUUAGUUAAUCAGCUCCAUGACAUAUCAGUGAAUUGGUAUGUUUGAUGUCAUGUUUAUAUGUAACUUAUUUAAGUGAAGGAUCAAAUUCCAUGUUACAUUUCAAAUAAAUCAGGAUGGGUUGAUAAUUACACCAGCCUACCAAUAUUACCAUUGU